CCUCCCCGCCUCCCCGCCAGCUCCGCGCUCGCCCCGCCUCGGCUCACUUUAAAAGUUUCCUGGGGCCGGGACGCGGGCGCAGAGAGCCAUGGCCAUCUACCCCUGGGGGCUGCGCCUCGGGAGGCUGUGCGCCGGGAGCCCGGGGAUGCCGGGGACCCGGGCCGUCCUCGCCCGGGCAUGGCAGGAAGCGAGACUGCAGGGCGCCCGCCCCCUCAGCUCCGCAGGGGCAGAUCGCACCGUCCCCCUGCCCGUCGGAGGCCUCAGCUACAUCCAGGGCCUCACAAGACAGCGUCUUAUCAACAAGACUGUGGGGCAGUGCCUGGAAGCCAUAGCACAGAGGGUCCCCGACCGGGAGGCCUUGGUCGUCCCCCAGGAGAACAUCAGGCUGACCUUUGCCCAGCUCAAGGAGGAGGUGGACAAAGCUGCUUCUGGGCUCCUGAGUAUCGGCCUCCGCAAGGGCGACCGGCUGGGCAUGUGGGGACCCAACUCCUAUGCGUGGGUGCUCAUGCAGCUGGCCACCGCUCAGGCAGGCAUCAUUCUGGUGUCUGUGAACCCAGCCUACCAGGCUAUGGAGUUGGAGUAUGCCCUCAAGAAGGUAGGCUGCAAAGCCGUCACAUUCCCCAAGCAGUUCAAGACCCAGCAAUACUACAACAUCCUGAAGCAGAUCUGCCCAGAGCUGGAGAAGGCCCAGCCGGGGGCCUUGAAGAGUCAGAGGCUCCCAGACCUGACCACAGUCAUCUCGGUGGACGACCCUCUGCCGGGGACCCUGCUCCUGGAUGAGGUGGUGGCAGCUGGAAGCACAGAGCAGCAUCUGGCCCGGCUGCGGUACACCCAGCAGUUCCUGUCCUGCCACGACCCCAUCAACAUCCAGUUCACCUCGGGGACGACAGGCAGCCCCAAGGGGGCCACUCUCUCCCACUACAACAUUGUCAACAACUCCAACAUGAUAGGGGAUCGGCUGAGGCUGCACCUAAAGACGUCAGAGGACUUACGGAUCAUCCUGCCCAGCCCCCUGUACCACUGCCUGGGUUCUGUGGGGGGCACGAUGGUGAGCCUAAUGUAUGGUGCUACCCUCAUCCUACCCUGUCCGACCUUUGAUGGCAAGAAGGCGCUGGAGGCCAUCAGCAAAGAGAGAGGCACCAUCCUGUACGGAACCCCCACAAUGUUCGUGGACAUUCUGAACCAGCCAGACUUCUCCAGUUACGACAUCUCAUCCAUGUGUGGAGGUGUGAUUGCUGGGUCCCCCGCACCCCCAGAGCUGAUCCGAGCCAUCAUCGACAAGCUAAACAUGAAGGAGCUGGUGGUGGCUUACGGAACAACAGAGAACAGUCCCGUGACCCUUCAUGAACUUCGCCGAGGACACUGUGGAACAGAAGGCAGAAAGUGUGGGCAGAAUUAUGCCUCACACAGAGGCCCAGAUUGUGGACAUGAAGACGGGGACGCUGGCCGAGCUGAACACGUCCGGGGAGCUGUGCAUCCGAGGGUACUGCGUCAUGCUGGGCUACUGGGGCGAGCCCCAGAAGACCGAAGAAGCGAUUGGACAGGACAAGUGGUAUCACACAGGAGACAUCGCCGUGAUGGACAAUCAGGGCUUCUGCAAGAUCGUGGGCCGCUCCAAGGAUAUGAUCAUCCGGGCGGUGAGAACAUCUACCCCGCCGAGCUUGAAGACUUCUUUCACACACACCGCAGGUGCAGUAAGUGCAGGUGGUGGGGGUGAAGGACGACCGGAUGGGGGAGGAAAUCUGUGCCUGCAUUCGCCCUGAAAAGGGGGAGAAGGACUACAGCGGAGGAGAUCAAGGCUUUCUGCAAAGGAAAGAUCUCCCACUUCAAGAUUCCCCGAUACGUCGUGUUUGUCACAAACUACCCCCUCACUGUCUCAG